AGUUUCAUUCUAUCCUUUGCCUCCUCAAACAAAAAAAAAAAAAAAAAAGAAAAAAAAAAAUGAAUAAGCUGCAACAACAAACAAGAAGAAUAUCAAAAGCACCAAAAUUAGCUCCCCUAAUUGCCCUCACAUUUCUCUUAACAAUCCCUUUAUACUACCCCUUCCACACCCACUCUCCCAAAAACCUACUACCCCUACAUAAUACCAACGACAACAGCCCUUGCUCCGGCGAUGGCUGCGGCGGAGAUGCGGCGGGGGUCGGCGGUGUUGAGGCGGAACAAUGCGACCUUUUCUCCGGGGAGUGGGUCCCGGAUCCCGAGGGGCCGUACUACACGAACGAGAGUUGCUACGCGAUUCAGGAGCAUCAGGAUUGCAUGAAAUUCGGAAGGCCAGAUUUAGGGUUCUUGAAGUGGAGGUGGAAGCCCGACGAGUGCCAGCUGGCGCUGUUCGAUCCUCGCCGGUUUCUCGAACUUGUCCGGGGGAAGUCGUUAGCGUUUGUCGGUGAUUCUGUCGCCAGGAAUCACAUGCAGUCUCUCAUUUGCCUCUUGGCAAAGGUAGCGUAUCCAUCAGACGUAUCAGAAACAACGGAUGAAAACAAACGCUAUACAUACACCGAACACAACUUCAACAUUUCAAUUUUCUGGUCACCCUAUUUGGUGAAGACCGGCAAAUUAGACAACGAGCCCUUCGAUCUCUACCUCGACGAAUUCGAUCCCAGUUGGACAACUCAAAUCUCACACUACGAUUAUGUCAUCAUCUCCGCCGGCCACUGGUUCUUCCGGCCGACGUACUUCCACCUCGAAAACCGCCGCGUCGGCUGCCUCUACUGCCCCGAGCCCGAAAUCACCCACCUCACGCCUGUUUUCAGCUACCGGCGUGCCUUCCGGACGGCUUUCCGGGGAAUCAACGGCGGCGGCGCCGCCAGAUCCGGCGGCGGCGUGACUUUUCUGAGGACGUUCGCGCCGUCGCACUUCGAGGGCGGCGGGUGGAACAGCGGCGGGAACUGCACGCGGACGAGGCCGUUUAGGAGGAACGAGACUGUUCUGGAAGGUCCGGGUUUGGAAUUUUAUACGGUGCAGUUGGAGGAGCUGGGAAUUGCACAGAGUGCAGGGAGGGGAACUGGAGGGAAGUUUAGGCUGUUUGAUGCCACGAAGGUGAUGCUGUUGAGGCCGGAUGGGCAUCCAAGUAGAUACGGGCAUUGGCCGGGGGCAAAUCGGGUAUUGUACAAUGACUGCGUGCAUUGGUGUUUGCCUGGUCCCAUUGAUUCUUGGAACGAUUUUUUGCAAGAGUUGUUGAUGAGAGAAUUAGGAGAUGCUACAUAAACCUACAUUCAUAAUUUUUUUAUUCACCAUUCAUAUUUAAUUAAUGGAUAGUUAAUUAUUAUUUUAAU